GGAGGCUUCCCCCACAUUGUUUUAAAAAGUGUUUCUCCGUGACUGACCGCUGGGGCUUUCUGACCGCCUGAGGUCUUGGGCUAUUUGGUCACCUUCCUUCUCGGUCCCCCAGAGGGCAAAAGGACCAGAGUGACCUCCUGCUGAUCGAUCUCCACACCCGAGGGUUUCUUGGACUCAGGUCGGAGCUGUGUGGACCCGCCCCCACUCCUGUGUCACCAUGUCCGUGUCCACCCAGCAGCUGGCCGAGGAGAUGCAGAUCUUCGGCCUAGAGUACGAGGAGCCUCUGAUUGAGAAAUUGGCGGAGCUGUGCGUUCUGCAUGGAGAGAAUGAGGCGGGAAUGGUAGGCGAGCUCAUAGCCUUCUGCACCAGCACGCAGAAAGAUCGCCUCACCGCAGAGACCCUGAACUCUUUUGAGCAUGAGGUUCUGAGCAAAAGAUUGGCCAGAUCCCGGCACAGUGCCUCCAAGGACAGUGGGCACGCGGGAGCUAGAGACAUCAUUUCCAUACAAGAGCUAAUCGAAGUGGAGGAGGAAGAGGAGACCCUUCUGAAUGCCUAUUCCACACCCUCCAAGGGUUCUCAGAAGCGAGCUGUCACCACCCCAGAAACCCCCCUAACCAAAAGGAGAGUGUCUGCUCGCAGCCCCCACCAGCUCCUCUCACCAUCGAGUUUCUCUCCAAGUGCUACUCCCUCUCAGAAAUACAACUCGAGGAAUAACCGAGGAGAAGUGGUUACCUCCUUCGGCUCGGCCCAGGGAGUGUCUUGGUCCGGGAGAGGAGGAGCCGGCAUCAUCAGCCUAAAGGUCUUGGGGUGUCCAGAGUCACUAACCGGGAGCUACAAAUCAAUGUUUCAGAAGCUGCCAGACAUUCGAGAAGUUCUGACCUGUAAGGUAGAAGAACUUGGCAGUGAACUCAAGGAACAUUACCAGAUCGAGGCUUUUGCUCCUGUUCUAGUUCCAGCACAAGAGCCCGUCACUCUGCUGGGCCAGAUUGGCUGUGAUAGCAACGGGAAGCUGAACAACAAGUCGGUGAUUCUAGAGGGGGACCGGGAGCAUUCUUCCGGCGCUCAAGUUCCAGUGGAUUUAUCUGAGCUCAGAGAAUACUCUCUGUUUCCUGGACAGGUUGUAAUUAUGGAAGGAAUGAACACGACUGGUAGAAAACUCGUUGCCACUAAACUCUAUGAGGGUGUGCCACUUCCAUUUUAUCAGCCCACCGAAGAGGAGGGAGACUUUGAGCAGAACAUGGUCCUGGUGGCCUGUGGACCAUACACCACGUCUGACAGCAUCACAUAUGACCCCCUGCUCGACCUGAUCACCAUCAUCAACCACGACCAGCCAGACAUCUGCAUCCUGUUUGGCCCUUUCCUGGAUGCUAAGCAUGAACAGGUUGAGAACUGUCUGCUGACGAGUUCGUUCGAAGAUGUUUUCAAGCAGUGUCUACGAACAAUUGUCGAAGGGACUCGAAGCUCCGGCUCCCACCUCGUCUUUGUCCCGUCGCUGAGAGAUGUCCAGCACGAGCCCGUGUACCCACAGCCACCUUUCAGCUACUCCGACCUGCCUCAUGAGGACAGGAAGCGAGUGCAGUUCGUGUCUGACCCCUGCAGCCUCUCCGUGAAUGGUGUGGUCCUUGGCCUGACGUCCACGGAUCUGCUGUUCCACAUGGGGGCCGAGGAGAUCAGCAGUUCUUCUGGAACUUCAGACAGAUUCAGCCGAAUACUGAAGCACAUCCUGACCCAGAGGAGCUACUACCCGCUCUACCCUCCCCAGGAAGACAUGGCCAUUGACUACGAGAGUUUCUGCGCCUACGCACAGCUGCCCGUCACCCCGGAUGUCUUCAUAGUCCCGUCAGAGCUGAGGUACUUCGUGAAGGACGUCCUUGGCUGUGUCUGCGUGAAUCCUGGACGCCUCACCAAAGGGCAGGUGGGGGGCACCUAUGGCCGGCUCUACCUCAGGAGGCAGACCCCAGAGGCCGGGGAGGGGAGGCGGAGUCCAUGUGUUGCUGCCCAGGUGGUCAGGAUCUGAGCCUUCAGGCACUUUGUCCCCCACUGUGCGGGCCUGGAGGCCCUAGGACCCAGGACUAUCUGACAAGAUUCCGCCCCGUUGGAAGGUGAAGAAGAGGAGGCGGCCACAGCUGGGGCGUGGAGGCCGCGGGGGCGGGCCCAGCACAGAAGACAUCAUGCAGCCGUCUCGGACUUCGAGUGAGCUCCAUUGGAAGAACGCCUUUGCUCCUGAUACACGGAUUAUAACGUG